CGCACACACACACACACACACAGAUACUUGUGCUGCUACCGUCCCAGAGAAUGGUGUCAAGCUUAUCGCACCACGGAUUACAUAAUUAACAUGUUACAGUUAUUGGGUAUUGUAUAGUGUAGUGAUACAAGGAUUCUUGUGUUGCACCACACACACUGCCGCUGCGGCGCUGCCAAUCAGCCUCACCAUUUACGGGCCCUUGCAACAAACACCACGGUGACGUCACACAGAACGGCGCCCGCACCCCGCCAUGGCGUCCAGCCUACCUGAUUGCUUGAAGGAAUGGUACCAGGCAAUGAAGACAGAACCAGCUACAAUGGAACUGGUCGUGGGUGUAAUGGAAGGCGAUGAUGCACUGGUGAGGUCUGCUCUUGCUGGGGGUGCCCGCCCUGAUGUUACCCUCCCCACUAAAGAGGGGUCGACGUUAUGUCUGGUGUAUGUGGCUGCCAGAAGGGGCCACCACCGCCUGCUGCCUCACCUACUUCAAGCAGGGCUGAGCAUAGAAGGUGGAGGCACCAAUGACAAGACACCGCUGAUGAUUGCUGCCAUGAUGGGCCGCACACAGACAGUGAUGGAGCUCCUCCCUCUCGGCGCUAACCCUCUCGCUACUGAUAGGAGAGGAUGGACAGCCCUUCACUUUGCUGCAUGGCAGGGCUGUCAGGAGUGUGUGGCUGCCCUCUUGCCCGUCAUCCCUACCACUGCCGCAGACUUGGAGGGACUCACACCGGUGCACACCGCCAGUAUCGAUGGCCAGGUGCAGGUACUGGAGCAGCUGGCGGGGACUGGCUGGUCACUCACCGCCAGGAAUAUGUAUGGUGACACACCCCUGCACUGUGCUGCCUGGAGGGGACAGGUAUCAGCUGUGCAGUGGCUAGUUCGGCGAGGUGUUGACCCGCGCGUGCAGGACAAGUAUGGUGACACCCCGCUGGCCCUGGCCGUGCAUAAUGGCCACCACGAGUUGGAGACCUGGCUGAACAAGAAUGGCGGCGGUGGCGUGACUGAGGGAACCGACGCUCAGCGUGUGUCUGUGGCGGAUGUGAGGGCGUGGCGGCGCGUGGAUGAACACCAGCACAAUAGAAUGUUUUCCUGGCUGGUGGAGGGCAACGAGGCAGACAUGGGCAACAUCCCCGAGGUCUGUGACGGUCACGCGGUGAGCAGUGACGGCCUGACGCCCUACACACCGCAGCGCUGUGUGGGGCUCCCAGUGAUGGUGUGGGGGGUUUGCUGGGACGCGGGGUGAGCCCUCACGUGCUCACCCCAGACAACCAGACCUCAGCCGACCUGGAACGGCAGGAAGGUCAUCGCCCACUGAUUCAG